AUGGACCUAUGCUUCAGCCCUGGUUUUUGUCAUGCUUUGUACACAUCCUCAGCCAAUCCGAAUAGUUAAACGAUCUGCGAACCUGCGCAGUUCUGGUUUUCGUUGGUCCUGCACACAGUUAUACGUAUCGUUUGGACACCGGAAGUAAAAUAUAUUUUUGCGAGAACUGUUGUUAUAAUUCAUCGCUAUGUUUUCAAAAUUCAACUCCAUUCCAACACAUAUGGACUAUAAAGGCCAGAAGUUGGCUGAGCAGAUCUUCCAGGGAAUAGUGCUUGUAUCUGCGGUGAUCGGGUUUGUCUAUGGUCUGGUUAUUGAACAGUUUGGCUGGACGGUUUAUAUAGUAUUGGCUGGUUUUGCUAUAUCUUGUGUGCUGACCCUGCCUCCGUGGCCGAUGUACAGGAGGAGCCCUCUGGCUUGGCAGCCGGCGCUACCAGAGAGCCCUGUGGAGGCCGCUCCGAAACCAGAAUCCCUCAAGAAGAAGAAGCACAAGUAAUACCUCCCCACCCGAUGGCCCCCAAUACAUUGGUUUGGUGUGAUUUUGUAAGGGAUGAUAUUUUGAUUCACAUUUGAAGGUGGACUUUGUUACAAUGUUAGUCACUUGGUGAUGAACUGUCUGUCAAAAUGAAUAAAUCCAUGACUGAAAAUA